AUGCCGCGAGUCUUCCUCAUAACCGGGACCUCGUCCGGCUUCGGGAAAUACUACGCGCAAGAAGUGCUCGACCGCGGCGAACACGUGGUCGCGACGGCGCGGGACCCGUCCAAACUCAGCUUCAACAACACCACCCCAGACAACUUCCUGGCCCUAAACCUAGACGUGUCCUCGAAAGACUCGAUAGCCUCGGCAUUCAGCUCCGCCCUGGCGAAGUUCUCGCGCGUCGACGUCGUGGUCAACAACGCGGGCUACGGCCUGGCCGGCUGCUUCGAGGAAUACACGGAGGACCAGAUCCGGCGGCAGAUGGACAUCAAUUUCUUCGGCGUGGUCGACGUCACGCGCACCGCGAUGGAGGUGAUGCGCGACCAGCAGAGCCCGCCCGGGGGCCUGAUCCAGCAGAUCACGAGCAUCGGGGCGCAGCGCGGCGUGCCGUUGUUCAGUCUUUACUGCGCGAGCAAAUGGGCCGUCGAAGGCUUCACCGAGGCGGUGUCUCAUGAGGUCAAGCCCGAGUGGGGGAUCAAGUUCACAUGCGUGGAGCCCGGCGGGUUUCGGACGGAUUGGGCAGGCCGCAGCAUGGAAAUCGCGAGCCCGCGGCAUCCGGCUUACAACCACAUGAACGCCGCCGAGGUCAUGGCGAGACGGCAAGGCACGCAAGCUGGCGACCCCGCCAAGGGGGCCAAGGCCAUGUAUAAACUGGCCUGCAUGAAAGAGCCACCCCUGAGAGUUGUGAUUGGGUCGGAUGCGUAUGCUGGCGUCAUGAACAAGAUCGACCAGUAUGAGCAGAAUUACAAGCGGUUUGAGCGCUUGAGCAAUGAGACGGAUGUCGAUGGGUGGCAGGGGGGCCCGUGA